AUGAUUGCAAGUGCAGAACGUGGACAAUUGACAACCAUCAUCGGAUGUUGUAAUGCAGCUGGUAGCUUUCUUCCACCUUUCCUAAUUUUUGCAAGAAAGAAGAUGCAAGCAAGACUUCUUGGUGGAAGCCCGCCAGGGACUCAAGCAACGUGUAUACCUAAUGGUUGGACAUCAGGCGAAGUCUUCUUGAACUGGAUGCAUUUCUUCGUAGAGCAAGUGAGGACAACAUCAGACAAAAAGGUCCUAUUACUAUUAGACAACCAUGAAAGCUCCAACUACUACCCUGCACUUGAGUAUGACACCAAGAAUAAUGUGGUCAUAUUAUCCUUAAUACCGCGUACUACUAACAAAAUGCAACCUGUGGAUGUUGCUGUGUACGGCCCACUGAAAACUCAUUUUGAAAAGGAAGUCAAUAUUUUAAAAAAAUCUCACCCCGCUCGCAUCAUCAACCAGUACGAUGUAGCUAGAUUGCUAGCACCAGCUUUUCUCAACACUGCUGUGGCUAUCAAUGCAGUGCAUGUAUUUGAACGACCUGGAAUUUGGCCUAUAAACAAGAACACUUCUGGUGAUGAGCAUUUUGCACCAGCCGAGGUACUUGCAGGUACAUCCACUUCUAGUACUCAGUCUGAAACUUUAUCCUCACUGGGAAUAUUUGAUCUGCCUGAAUCUGCUGUUCAAGCGUCACCUUUAAUUGAUUCUCACGAUCAACCCACAUUACCUUGA